AUGAGGCCCAGGGUGGAGUACUACUCUCCAAAGUUUUGGCUGGUGCUGGCAGUCCUCGCGACAACAGGGAGCGGGGCCCAUGCCCAGAAAAGCCACCCGAGCAUUGGCAUUGCAGUCAUCCUGGUGGGGACCUCAGACGAAGUGGCCAUCAAAGAUGCACACGAGAAAGAUGACUUCCACCACCUCUCAGUGGUGCCCCGGGUGGAGCUGGUGGCCAUGAAUGAGACAGAUCCCAAGAGCAUCAUCACCCGCAUCUGUGACCUCAUGUCAGAUCGGAAGAUUCAAGGGGUGGUAUUUGCUGAUGACACAGACCAGGAAGCCAUUGCUCAGAUCCUGGACUUCAUCUCUGCCCAGACCCUCACUCCCAUCCUGGGCAUCCAUGGAGGCUCCUCUAUGAUCAUGGCAGAUAAGGAUGAGUCAUCCAUGUUCUUCCAGUUUGGCCCAUCAAUAGAACAGCAAGCCUCUGUCAUGCUCAACAUCAUGGAAGAAUAUGACUGGUACAUCUUCUCCAUUGUCACUACGUACUUCCCUGGUUACCAGGACUUUGUGAACAAGAUCCGCAGUACCAUUGAACACAGCUUUGUGGGUUGGGAACUGGAGGAGGUCCUCCUCUUGGACAUGUCCCUGGACGAUGGGGACUCAAAGAUCCAGAACCAGCUCAAGAAGCUCCAAAGCCCUGUUAUCCUCCUCUACUGUACCAAGGAAGAGGCCACCUACAUUUUUGAGGUGGCCAACUCUGUGGGUCUGACAGGCUAUGGUUACACGUGGAUCGUGCCCAGCCUGGUGGCAGGGGAUACAGACACAGUGCCAUCCGAGUUCCCCACUGGGCUCAUCUCUGUCUCAUAUGAUGAAUGGGACUACGGUCUUCCUGCCAGAGUGAGGGAUGGAAUAGCCAUAAUCACCACGGCUGCUUCUGAUAUGCUGUCUGAACACAGCUUCAUCCCUGAACCCAAGAGCAGCUGUUACAACACCCAGGAGAAAAGGAUUUACCAGUCAAACAUGCUCAACAGGUACCUGAUCAAUGUCACCUUUGAAGGCAGGAAUCUGUCAUUCAGUGAGGAUGGAUACCAGAUGCAUCCCAAGCUGGUGAUCAUCCUUCUGACCAAGGAGAGGAAGUGGGAGAGGGUGGGGAAAUGGAAGGAAAAAAAGCUGCAGAUGAAGUAUUAUGUGUGGCCCCGCUUUGAGCUGUAUCCUGACUCUGAGGAACGCGAGGACGACCACCUCAGUAUAGUGACCCUGGAAGAGGCACCGUUCGUCAUUGUGGAGAAUGUGGACCCCCUAAGUGGCACCUGCAUGAGGAACACUGUCCCUUGCCAAAAACGCAUUGUGACCGAGAACAAAACUGAUGAGGAGCCAGAUUACAUGAAGAAAUGUUGCAAGGGGUUCUGCAUUGACAUCCUCAAGAAAAUCUCAAAGUCUGUCAAGUUCACCUAUGACCUCUACUUGGUGACUAACGGCAAGCAUGGGAAAAAAAUCAAUGGGACAUGGAAUGGAAUGAUUGGAGAGGUUGUCACCAAACGGGCCUAUAUGGCUGUGGGAUCCCUCACGAUUAAUGAGGAACGUUCAGAAGUGGUGGAUUUCUCUGUGCCCUUCAUAGAGACGGGAAUCAGCGUCAUGGUGUCACGUAGCAAUGGAACUGUCUCACCUUCUGCCUUCUUAGAGCCAUUCAGUGCUGAUGUAUGGGUGAUGAUGUUUGUGAUGCUGCUUAUCAUCUCUGCAGUGGCCGUCUUUGUCUUCGAGUACUUCAGCCCUGUGGGCUAUAAUCGGUGCCUUGCUGAUGGCAGAGAGCCAGGAGGUCCCUCUUUCACCAUUGGCAAAGCUAUCUGGUUGCUGUGGGGGCUGGUGUUCAACAACUCUGUGCCAGUGCAGAAUCCCAAGGGUACCACUAGCAAGAUCAUGGUGUCAGUGUGGGCCUUCUUUGCUGUCAUCUUCCUGGCCAGCUACACUGCCAAUCUGGCUGCCUUCAUGAUCCAAGAAGAAUAUGUGGACCAGGUGUCUGGCCUGAGCGACAAAAAGUUCCAGAAACCCAAUGACUUCUCGCCCCCUUUCCGUUUUGGGACAGUUCCCAAUGGCAGCACAGAAAGGAACAUCCGCAACAACUACCCUGAAAUGCACAGCUACAUGGUGAAGUUCAAUCAGAGAGGGGUGGAUGAUGCAUUAUUCUCACUGAAGACUGGGAAGUUGGAUGCUUUCAUAUAUGAUGCAGCAGUGCUGAACUACAUGGCUGGCAGAGAUGAAGGCUGCAAGCUGGUGACGAUUGGGAGUGGGAAAGUGUUUGCCUCCACUGGCUAUGGCAUUGCCAUUCAAAAGGACUCAGGCUGGAAGCGCCAGGUUGAUCUUGCCAUUCUACAGCUUUUUGGAGAUGGGGAGAUGGAGGAGCUGGAAGCACUGUGGCUCACUGGCAUUUGUCACAACGAGAAGAAUGAGGUUAUGAGCAGCCAGCUGGAUAUAGACAACAUGGCAGGUGUCUUCUACAUGCUGGGAGCAGCUAUGGCCCUCAGUCUCAUCACCUUCAUCUGUGAACAUCUCUUCUACUGGCAAUUCCGCCACUGCUUCAUGGGCGUCUGCUCUGGCAAGCCUGGCGUGGUCUUCUCCAUCAGCAGGGGUAUCUACAGCUGCAUCCAUGGUGUGGCCAUUGAGGAACGCCAGUCAGCAAUGAACUCCCCCACGGCGACUAUGAACAACACCCAUUCCAACAUCCUCCGCCUGCUUCGGACAGCCAAGAACAUGGCCAACCUGUCAGGGGUCAAUGGCUCACCUCAGAGUGCCCUGGACUUUAUCCGUCGUGAGUCAUCGGUUUACGAUAUCUCUGAGCACCGCCGCAGCUUCACACACUCAGACUGCAAGUCCUACAACAACCCCCCCUGUGAAGAGAAUCUCUUUAGUGACUAUAUUAGUGAGGUAGAGAGGACCUUUGGCAACCUCCAGCUGAAAGACAGCAAUGUAUAUCAGGACCACUACCAUCACCACCACCGCCCCCAUAGCAUUGGCAGCACCAGCUCCAUUGAUGGGCUCUAUGACUGUGACAACCCACCCUUCAAUGCCCAGUCGCGGUCCAUUGGGAAGAAGCCAUUGGACCUGGGGUUACCCCCUGCCAAGCACAGCCAGCUGGGUGACCUCUAUGGCAAGUUCUCCUUCAAGAGUGACCGCUACGGGGGCAGUGGAGCCCACGAUGACCUGAUCCGCUCGGAUGUCUCUGACAUUUCCACUCACACCGUCACCUAUGGCAACAUCGAAGGCAAUGCAGCCAAGCGGCGGAAGCAGCAGUACAAGGACAGCCUGAAGAAACGUCCAGCCUCUGCCAAGUCCCGGCGGGAGUUCGAUGAGAUAGAGUUGGCCUACCGCCGGCGCCCACCCCGCUCGCCCGACCACAAGCGCUACUUCAGGGACAAGGAAGGGCUACGGGACUUCUACCUGGAUCAGUUUCGAACCAAGGAAAAUUCACCGCACUGGGAACAUGUGGACCUGACGGAUAUCUACAAAGAGCGGGGAGAUGAGUUUAAGCGUGACACAGGAGGAGGAGGGGGUGGAUCCUGCACAAACAGGGCCCACCAUAAGCAUGGCUCGGGUGAGUUUGGCGGAAGCAAUGAGCACAAGCAUGGUGUUGUAAGUGGGGUCCCGGCGCCGUGGGAGAAGAAUCUGACCAACCUAGACUGGGAGGACCGGCCUGGGACUAAUUUCUGCCGUGGUUGCCCUUCUAAGGUGCACAACUACACACCGUCAGUGGUGGGGCAGAACUCCACCCGCCAGGCUUGCAUCCGGUGUGAGGCCUGCAAGAAAGCGGGCAACCUGUAUGACAUCAGCGAGGACAACUCACUCCAAGAGCUGGACCAGCCACCUGCCCCUGUGCCCGUGGCCACCAGUGCCACCUCCUCCUCCAAAUAUCCUCAGAGCCCUUCCAAUUCUGCCUCCAAGGUGCAGAAGAAGAACCGCAACAAGCUCCGCCGGCAGCACUCCUACGACACUUUUGUGGACCUGCAGAAGGAUGACUCAGCCCUGGCCCCUCGCAGCGUCAGCCUCAAGGACAAGGGCCGCUUUUUGGAGGGGAGCCCCUACGCCCACAUGUUUGAGAUGCCAGCCAGUGAGACCACCUUUGCCAACAACAAGUCCUCAGUGCCCGCCACCAGCUACCACCACCACAACAACCCCGGCAGCAGCGGGGGAUACAUGCUCAGCAAGUCGCUCUACCCUGACCGGGUCACCCAAAACCCUUUCAUCCCCACUUUUGGGGAUGACCAAUGCUUGCUCCACGGCAGCAAAUCUUAUUUCUUCAGGCAGCCUGUGGUGGCAGGAGGGCCCAAAGCCAGGCCAGACUUCCGAGCCAUCGUCACCACCAACAAGCCGGUGGUCUCAGCCCUUCAUGGGGCUGUGCCAGCCCGUUUCCAGAAGGACGUCUGUAUAGGGAACCAGUCCAACCCCUGUGUGCCUAACAACAAAAACCCCAGGGCUUUCAAUGGCUCCAGCAACGGGCAUGUUUAUGAGAAACUCUCCAGUAUUGAGUCUGACGUUUGA